ACCUGUGGACUGUUGGCGGUGGCGUGAGCACGUAGUACCUCUGGCGACAUCAUCUGGCGGCGCUGGUGACGCGGAGAAACAUAGGUGUUGAAGUUGCUUCUCAUCUGCCCCUGCUGCCCCUCUCACCGCAUCAUAAUCUCUCAAUACUAAUUCCUUUGGCUCUUCAUUAAAGCGUCUAUCCUCGUGAGUGAGCCACAUGAAGCACACGUCGGCAUCACCACCCUUGGCUUGACACGCUCCCACAACAACAAGGAGCAAGGAGGCGGAGUGUGACCAGCGUUGUGGCAGCAACACAGAGGCAGGCAACCUGAAGGAAGGCCAGCAACACAGAGGCAGGCAGCCUGAAGGAAGGCCAGCAACACAGAGGCAGGCAGCCUGAACCAAGGGCAGCAACACAGAGGCAGGCAGCCUGAAGGAAGGCCAGCAACACAGAGGCAGGCAGCCUGAAGGAAGGCCAGCAACACAGAGGCAGGCAGCCUGAAGGAAGGCCAGCAACACAGAGGCAGGCAGCCUGAAGGAAGGCCAGCAACACAGAGGCAGGCAGCCUGAAGGAAGGCCAGCAACACAGAGGCAGGCAGCCUGAAGGAAGGCCAGCAACACAGAGGCAGGCAGCCUGAAGGAAGGCCAGCAACACAGAGGCAGGCAGCCUGAAGGAAGGCCAGCAACACAGAGGCAGGCAGCCUGAAGGAAGGCCAGCAACACAGAAGGCAGUUUGAGCCAUGGAUGACAACGUGGAGGAGUGUCCAGUGUGCCUCACCACCUUUGACGACACCCUCAGGCGGCCACGCACUCUGCCCUGUGGCCAUACAGUGUGCUCGCCGUGCAUUGACGGACUGAAGCAGCAGGGUGCCGUCACGUGCCCCACCUGCCGGGUGAGUCACGCCGUGCCCGAGGCGGGCCAGUUCCCCAUCUCCUAUAUUACGGAGGGCCUUAUCAGGAGACUGAGAAGACUGGCCUCUCUGCCAGCCGAGCCAGGGAAGCAGGCAGCCCCACCAGUGACACGGCCUGCACCAAAGGCGACAACGGGACUCAGCAGGAAGGCACAGUCCCUGCUGCAGGAGCAAGAGGUGAAGGUCCUGGCUGCCAUCCGCUCCUGCCAGGAGGAGCAGAGCCAGCUGGCCGAGUACCUGACAACCCUCGGUGGCUGGAGCAGUCGCCAGCAGCGGCUGCAAGACGAGCUGCAGACGCUGGUGGACCAGAGCAAGAGUGCCCGGGAAGCGGUGCACCGCGAGGAGUCCCGGGUAGAGGGCAGGCAGGAGGAGGUGCGGCAGAAGGAGCAGCAGCUGCACGCCGCGCUACAGUCGCUGCGCACGGCCGCAACACGGCAGGAAGCUUACGAGGUCAUUGAGGACACAGACCUUCUGGUGGAGAAGGACAGUCAGACAGAGGGGUGUCUGGGAGUGUUUCCCGACGUCCACGCCGUCACCACCGUCACCAAGGUGGCACAGGCAUCGCGCGCAGCCCUGCAGGCUGCCACCGCUGCCGCUGCUGCCACACAGGCAGCCCUGGAGGCAGUGGGCACUGCUGCUGCAGCCUCGGGGGACUCCAGCCUCCCAGCAGCCUUGGCCGAGGCCUCCUCCAUCGCGGAUAGGCUGCAGGCCCUACUGGCGCCGCCCCUGACGGCCGAGGACCUGCACAGCCUAACACAGCAUGCCAGGGGCCUGGUGGAGGCUGGCCUUGUCUUCGCCGUCCACGACGUGAAGGGACAGACUCGGCACGCAAGGAUCAGCCUUGAAGACGGCAGCCUUUACCUCCACUCCCUGCAGGCCCAGGCCCUGCCGAACCUCACCGCCACCCUGCAGAUGGGGGAGGUGGUGCCGGCCGCCCCCCCCUGCGAGGUGUUCCUGGACCUGAUGUGGUCCGGCAGCGCGGCGCGGCGGGUGGUGGUGAGUCUACCCAAGGACACCCCCCUGGGCCGGCAGUUCAUGCUGCUGUGCUCGGGCCAGCGGGGCGCCUGCUACGCCAACACCAGGCUGUUUAAGGUGAUAGAUGAGGGACAGCCGGAGGAGCGUGUGGUGGGAGGAGAGUACCAGACAGGUGAUGGGAGGAGCCGCCCUGCUGCCUCACCUUGGCCAGGGUGAGUACUGGAAGUCAGGCAAGGCGGGGGCUGUGUGGUGCUGGUGGCGUGAUGACCCUGCCCGUGGUGCUCAGUUCGGCAUCACCACCCGGGACUUGCAGCGUGGUAGAGUUUGGCAUGAUGUCUUUGGCCAGGUGGUGCGGGGCCUGGAGGUGGUGCAGGAGGCAGCCCGGCACCGCCCCAUUACUGAGGUGACUGUGGUGCAGUGUGGCGUGGUGCUGUCACGAUAGUGCUGCACCACACCACACACCACACCACACCACACCACUACCAAUAUUAUUUUUUUUGUCAUUUUUUUUAAGAGGAAAGAAGCAAACACACACACACACACACACACACACACACACACACACACACACUUCUGUUAGCAGUGUUCACAUCACUGGUCCACACUGUCUCAUCUUGCUUCUCCUCAAUAACAUUAUUGUACAAACACAAA